AUGAAUGAAGGAAGAAAAGAUAAAUUAUUAAAGUUUGGUGAAUUGUAUAGAGAUAUGUUACAAUAUUGUAAAAGAAAUCAUGUAAUAUUACAAAUGUUAUUGGAUGAUUCAUUAAUGAAUUCAAAUGUAUCAAAACAGUCAUCAUCGGCAUCAACCAAUAUGCAAGAUCAAAUUAAAAAUCAACAAAUCAAGAUUACCAAAUCAAAUACACUACCAGAAAUGAUAAACGUAUCAUCACCAACUCCAAAAAUAACAACAAACUAUUUCAUUAACAAAGAAAUUGUUAAAUCAUCAAAACAACAACAACAACAACAACAACAAUAUAAAUUAGAUAAUGUAAAAUAUCAAGAAGAAAUACCAGAAUCAUCAUUAAUGGUAGAUUUAAUAUUUGUAUUACAAGGAAUAGAAGGAAAAUAUAUAAAGUUUUAUCAAGAUAUUGAUGCAUUUUCUGUUGAUCCAUCUGUAAAUGUUCCAAGAUGUGUUAGAGAUCUAGUCGGAAGAAUAUGUGAAUUUGGUUGGAUAUUUAAACAAAUCAGAUUAUUUUUAACAAGUCCCUUUUCUAAAAAUGGUUUAACUAAUCAAAGUUUUUGUGCAGCAGUAAAAGAUGAAAUGACGGAAUUUUAUAGAACCAUUGCAUUGUUAGAGAGUGAGAUAUCAAGUAAUACAAACAAUGGACCAGAUGAAAACCACAUCGCAAUGACAUUAAAGGGAAUGUUUGUUUGGAUACAAGAACCAUUACAGCGACUCAAGUUUUUGGCAUCUUUGAUUAGUGGUGUGGCAAGUCUAAAGGGUGGACAGACCAUGUCGUAUGUACACUGUUUUACAAGCCACGGAGACGCAAAGAUUAGGAAAAUGUUGGAGGAUAUAGUCGUGCGAGUUAGUCAGCCUAUACUGGCAAUGAUCCAGCGAUGGAUAUUCGAGGGUGAGAUUAGCGAUCCCUACGAAGAGUUUUUCAUUGCCAAGUUUAGCUCGGUGCCACUAGAGAAAACGUGGCGUGAAAAGUAUGCUCUUCGAACCACGAUGAUACCAGCUGCCAUCCCACUACCAAUGUGUCGUCCUACAACUACCACGCGUCGUCGAAAAGACGGCCCAGCACAGCAGCAAGAGACUGCUGGAUAUCAUGAUUGGACGAUUCAACUUUAUCGAGCAUGUGCAGGCACUCAAGCGAUACAUGUUGCUUGGACAAGGUGA